AUGCCAUCCAUUCGUACACUUUUCCUACAGAGUAAUGAGUUGACAACAGUCGAAAAUCUGGACGGACUAGUAGAAUUAAGGGACCUGGUUCUCGAUGACAAUCGUAUCCGGCGGUUCUCCGAAGCCUCCUUCUCGUCGAAUUGGAACUUGCAGGAGCUUCACAUUGAAGGCAAUCGGCUAAAGGAACUUCAUCAUAUAAACCAUUUGUGCAAGCUACAGAGAUUUUUUCUGAGUCGAAACAAACUUGACAGUUUGGAGAACCUGGAUAAGGUUUUCACACACCUAGGAUCACUUAAGCAAGUUUACAUGCUUGAUAAUCCGGUAACGAAAAAAAAUAUGCACAGAAUCAUCCUUUGUGUCCGACUGCCUUCUAUUGAGUGCAUCGACGGUACUCCAGUUACGGAACUCGAAAAGCAAAUUGCCACGGAAGUCUGCACGGAGUCGGGGCUUUUUUUGGGCCCGGAUGCUCAGACGGUUCCGUGCUCCGAUAUUUCUGUCGUGAAUUCAUCUAGAAAAUUGGCAAAUUCUCGCGCCCCCACUUCUGAUGUGACACAGGUCAAAUGUCAGCUCGUGAAGGUUGAUUUCGGUCAGAAAAGGCCCACUAAGCCUUGCGACUCUCCCCGAUCGAAACCGAAUUCAGUGCGAGAUCGUGGCGAUGCUGCCACUGAGCACCCGGAGACACGGCAUCCACAGACUUCGCGGCUGUCAAAACGUGGAGCCACAUUCUCUGAACACACCUACAAAAGUUAUUUCCACCAGGAUGUAUCCCUAGUUUUCGACCUCUUCUCACGACUCUCAGGCAGUCGUCAGAACCCAGUAGUUGAUUCGAAUACUUCAAACGAGCAGUCAGGCCGGAGUGGGACUGUGCCCGGUGCUUCGACACGAGCUAACUCGCUUGCGGAAACUGCGAAACACGAGAUCUCCAAACCUUCGCUUCGAACAACAACAACUACUACUACAAGGACUAUUAUGCCACUGCCUGGAAUCAGCAUCAGUGCCCCGGGCGAUCUUGUUGCUACUGCGCAUAAUUCCCCUCAAGACUCCUUUGGACGUUCGGUUGGCAGAGCCGUACCGCCGCAUUUGAGGUAG